AUGGGCUCAGAAAAGUGGUCUUCUGAGAAUAAUAUUACAUUCAUGAAUCUCUACAGAGAACAAGAAAACCUAUGGAAUUGUUUUGAUAAAAAUUAUAAAAAUAGAGAUAUGAGAAAAGCACGAAAUGAGUCUAGUUAACACCAGUGAGAUAACUAAGAAAAUAAAAAAUUUACGAUCUACCUAUAACCAAGAACGCGCGAAAAAAGCAAAAAGAGUGGAUCUGGGUCGGAAGAUGUUUACAAGUCAUCCUUAAAAUGGUUCGAUAUAAUUGAUUAUAUAAUGAAAACAAUUAAUUUGAAAGAAAAGGAAUCAACAAGCAAUCUGCCUAACGAUACACCGUCGGGGUCCAAAAUUUUGGAAGAUGAUGUUAGUCGGGACAUUGUUGAUAAAACUGAUAAUAAAUCAAUCGACCCCAGCGACAGCUCGUUGAUCAAAAAUAAAAAUCCACAAUGUGAUGAGUACGAUUUUAUUGGAAAACAUGUCGCUAUUCAACUGAGACAGCUGCCAUUACUCGAUUUUAUAGACGCCAAAGAUGAAAUCCAACAAGUACUUUCCCGAUACCGAAAAAAAGCUAUAUAUGCCCGAAACACAUCUACGUUUUCCUCAUAUAAUACAUCGUCGCCAACGUCCUACAUAUCGCUGACAUCACCAGGAUCCAGUGUACCAUGUGAUUCAUUCCCAGGACCUGUCCCAAUAUCUGAUCGGCCCGCAGAAACUGUUUCUCGGCAGCCACUUCAAACAGUUGUUGGACAACCAUCAAAUGCAUCAUACGAGACUAUCCACUUUAGUGAUCCAAUAGUCAGAGCAAUGGUAGAUGCUGAUAUGAACAAUAUGCAAUAA